AUGAAAAUAUCCAUCUUAACCUUAGUAACGUGCUUGACACAGACAAUAUCAGCUUUAGAAAUUGGAAUAACCAAUUAUGGUCUUCUUCAAGGGGCUACAGGUCAAGUUGCUGCUGGUAUGCUAGAUUAUUAUGAAGGUACUAAAUAUGGUGGUACUAUUGGUAUGUUCUCAUAUCCGUAUUAUUGGUGGCAUGCCGGCGCAGCAUUUGGUGCUUUGGUUGAUUACUGGCAUUUGAUUGGUGAUACGUCAUAUGUGAAUUUGACCAAAACAGCAUUAUUAUAUCAAACCGGGGAUAAUUGGGACUACAUUCCAGCAAAUCAAUCAACUACAGAAGGUAAUGAUGAUCAGGCCAUGUGGGGAUUAGCCGUCAUGGGAGCUACCGAAAGAAACUUCUCAAACCCUACUUCUGACCAGCCAGGCUGGUUAUACCUCUCUCAGGCUGUCUUUAAUACAAUGGCUGUAAGAUGGGAUGACUCUACUUGUAAUGGUGGUUUGAGAUGGCAAAUCUUCAGAUGGAAUAACGGUUAUGAUUAUAAAAAUGCCAUUUCCAAUGGUGCGUUGUUUCAUAUGGCUGCAAGAUUAGCCAGAUACACUGGUAAUGAUUCUUACGUUGACUGGGCUGAUAAAGUUUGGUAUUGGUUGGAAUCUGUUCAAUACAUUAACGAAUCUGCUCCGGGCUAUUGGGCGGUUUAUGAUGGUGCUUCUGCUUUAACUAACUGUACUGACGUAUCAAAAUUGCAAUGGACUUACAAUAUGGGCUUGAUUAUGGCUGGUAGUGCCUACCUUUAUAACUACACUUUAGACGAAAUUUGGUUGACCAGAACUAUAAAUUUGGUGAAUAGUAGUAAAGUCUUUUUCAAGAAUGAUACAAUGUAUGAAGCGGCUUGUCAGCCAGCGGGAACUUGUGACGAGGAUCAAAGAACAUUCAAAGCCAUUUUCGCGAGAUGUUUAGGUUUGACAGCCAGAUUGGCGCCUGAUACCAAUGGUACCAUCAUGCCUUGGAUCGAAGCAUCUGCAUUAGCAGCAGCAGCAAGUUGUGAUGGUGGUCUAGAUGGCCACACUUGUGGCCAGAACUGGUUCUUAGGGACUUAUGAUAAUAAAUAUGGUUUGGGUGAAGAAAUGGCUGCUUUAGAAAUUAUGCAAAGUCUUAGAAUCUGGGACAGACCUGCUCCUUACACUGCAUCUACUGGUGGUACUUCAGAGGGGAACCCAGCAGCUGGUUUAAUCGAUAUGACUGCUAACGAAACUAAACCUUUGGAUCUUCAUACAAAGGACAAGGCAGGUGCGGGCAUUAUUACAGUGGUGAUUGCUGCAACAAUUAUCGGAUCCGCAAUAUGGUUGAUUAUUUGA